UUCUGUUAGUUUCUUCCAACUUCCGUUCACGCGCGGGGAGAGAGUUCAUGGACGUCGCCACGCCGGGAGGAUUCGGUCCGUAGACCUCAUUCGUUUCCGAAGCGACCCAACCGGUAAUCACGACUCGAUUCACGGUCAAUCCGGUGGUCGAUUGUUCCAGUGCCAAGUCCCCGAAUCCCCUCUUUGGGCGUCGAUGAUCCUCUACGAACGCCCGCACCCGCGAAUCUCGCCGCCCAGCACCGUUGCACAAAAAGCAAGUUGCGUGAGAAAUAUCCCGAAAUAUAUAUCCGUAAAGAUAUCCGUAAAUUAGUAUGACCGAAACACGCAAAGCAUUCGUUGUGGGAGGCACCGGAGGCGUCGGAUCCAUUUUGAUCGAUGAAUUGAUCCAAAGAGGCUACACUGUCAGUGCGACGUACCGAAAGGAGCAAGACAAGGAGAAACUCGAAUCCCAAGGAGCCACGGCCGUGCACAUGGAUUUUGUGCAAAUGGACGAGGACGCAAUUCAGAAAGCAUUGGAAGGGUUCCAGACCGUCUUCUUCGCCGCCGGGUCUGGCGGAAAGGACGUUUACAAAAUCGACCGUGACGGGGCGAUCAAGUUCGCCAAUGCCAUUAGACGGAUGGAGAACGCACAUCCUCAUUAUAUCGUACUGAGUGCGCUCGGUUGUGAUCAACCCGAUAAAAUGCCAGAAAAUUUGAAGGAAUACUCCAAAGCGAAGAAAGAAGCGGAUGACGUCAUUGCCGCCAUGGAGGACAAGGGAGUCCAAUCGACUAUCGUCCGUCCGGGUAAUCUCACGAACGAUUCCGCCAAGGAGAAUAUCAUUUUCCGGGGAGUCGUGUACGGACAAUCCAUCGAGGCCAAAUCAAUUGUCGAUUCGUUCGACGCCAACGAGCUUGUUAACACAAGAUCGGACGUUGCCAAAGUUAUGGCGGAAUCGGCUGACAUCUUUACCGAUAACAAUAACAGAAAGACCCGUGUUUUCGAAAUGAUCCAAGGAAACGAAAGCGAUCAUGGUUCGCCAAUUCAUGAAGGCUUGUCUUCGAUGAAGUUAGACUACAAUAUUGCUCCGCAAAAGUCCUAG